AUGCAUUUUCUCUGCCUCCACGGUGCAGGAACCAACAACAAGAUCUUUGACUUGCAGACAGCCACACUUAGACAUGAACUUGGAGAUCACCACACAUACGAGUUUGUGGAAGGAACUGUUCCUUGGCCUAUGGCGCCUGGGAUCUCCUCCAUUUCUAACAGUGGAGAGUCGUACUACUCGUACUUCGACCCAGAAGCUCCAACGAGCGUCCUUGACGCGUUGCAUAGCCUAGACGCAUAUAUUCAGGCUGAGGGGCAUUUCGAUGGCGUUCUGGGCUUUUCGCAAGGAGCCUACCUAGCUGCGAUUUAUGUUGUUUGGAAAGCUCAACAAGAUGGUACGACCGAAUUUCGACUACCUUUCUCGUGUCUUCUUCUAUUCUCGGCCGUCCGCGUCCACAAUCCCCGGGCAUUUGAAGAGAGGGGUGAGAUCGAGGUUUUAGACCCUAAUUUGGCCAAGGAGUUCAUUCAGAUUCCCACUGUCCUUAUUUGGGGAAGCUCGGAUGAGUGGAAGGAAGAAAGUGUCGCGCUGAGUAAGUUGUGCAAUCCGAGACUUACGACAGUCUUUGUUCAUUCUGGGGGGCAUGAGAUUCCGGGAAUGGUUGCAAAAGGGGACAUCACGGCGGUCGUGAAAGCCAUGAGAAGGGGGAUUUUUGAGGCACAAUUCUGUACUUAA